CGAAGCCCUUCUCCUGCAUCGCUUCGUUUCAUGUGAAUGAGUGCCCCAUCCUCCCCAGACCACACGCGAUUGCUACAGCCUAUCCUACCCAUAUCAAUGCGCCCGUAGGACAUGGACACUCUGCACAAGAUCGCCGGCGUGACUGAGGCACAGCGCUCCGACGCCUCGUCUCCUCCGCCCGCCCCCAACGUCGUCAACCUCCAGAGCAACAAGAGCACCACCACGCUACCGCCUCCUCCGCCGCCCAAAGACGAUGCGAGAAGCGACCGACGAGCCUCCGUACCAUUGAAGCGGCGACAAUCGCAAAAGUCGUUCCGCUCUGCCAAAUCCGCCCGAUCGAAUCGCUCCAAAGUCAGUAAAUCUACUAAAUCGCGAAAUGCUUCGCGGACGAGUCUAGGACUGCGCGAUGGGGAAGUGCCCCCGCCGCCGAAACUCACCACGACCGAACGAAAUCUGUACGGGGAUCUAGCCGCGCAGCCAGUAGUGCCACCUUCAACUGCAAGCAGAGCCGCGAGUAUACAUAGUUCGAGGCGAGCGCGACGAGACGAGACACAAGGAGACGGCGCAGAGAGCGACCUGGAGGAAGAAGACGACGAGUUCGAAUGGGGACCACAACACCCUUGCUUCCCUCAUCCCAAUGCCCACUGCUCGCCUCAGAGCCAGGAACAUGAGGAGACAAGGGUGAUACGAGUGAAGAGGGACUACCUCAUCGCUGGAGAUCUGUACCCGCAGUUCGCGAAUCUGUAUCCUGAGAUUCUAGACCCGCUGGUCACGGAUGACGAAUUCAGAGAUCUGAUCCUCCACAUCAAUGCGAUAUUACUGAAAGCGUUCAGUCCGUACACAUUCCGCGCGUGGGCAGAUGCGAUACUCGGUGUCGCGACGGGGUAUUUCUGGGAUGAUCUGGGCUUCACGGGUGCAAAAGCUGGUGAGAAGUUGCUCGAAGGUUGGAUCGCGAUGUGGAAUGAAGAGAGGCAGAAGGAGGGGCGACAAGUGAAGCUCAUUGGACCGAGGACAACGGGCUUUAUGUCGCUGGAUUUUGUCAUACCUGAUCCUGGCAUUGACAUUGCUGCCGAGAGCGACGAUGAGGAAGAAGGAGAAGGAGACCGAGAUGCCGUUGCAGGCGAGCAGAAAAUUGGCAUUCAAGCAGCAUUACAGACAUAGUAUGUCUAUCGGAGGGUCACAAGGAAUGGCAUACGGUAUCGCAUCACAUGGCGAUUCUCGGCCAGGCCAUCGUUAAUGCGGGCUGCCAGUGGGUAUGUUUUUGAGCGCGGCGUUUCAAGGAUUGGAGCAUAAUUGAAGAUACCAGAGACUGGAAGACGGAGGUUCUUCCCUUGUUGGAGCGGGAAUUCACAGCUUGUAUAAUGCCACAGGAUAAUAUGUUGUACAGUAUCUACAUAAUGCAUGCGGCAUUGUUGCUGCUUAAUCGCCGG